AUGGAGACUCAAGUUGAUCCUAGUGAUACUUCUGAGAUUCCUAGUGAAAUUCAUCCAUCUGGUUUAGAUAUGUGCAUGAACAAAACUCUUUGGGAGCUUUCGAAGGGCCGCGAAGAGCCUGUCGCUGUCAUUGGCAUCAAAAACUUGCAGUUCACGCUUCCUGUUGGAGCUGGAGCAUGGAGCUGGGAGGGCAAUAUAGCUGAUUGUCCAGCCCAACCAGUCCUCGUCUCCAUGUCAGUUUCUCUGCGACAACCUUUCAAAACGGCGUCUAAAGGUGAUGACAUUACGGAUGAUACUAUUCAUUAUGGUCGUCUUAGAUCAGGAAUCAUCCAAUCUGUUGAGAAUUAUAAGUCACGAUUACCCGAUCCUCACGAUAAAUUGGGGAUUCUCUUACUUUCAUCAAGUAUUAUACACCAUUUUACAUUUGAAGACCAAUUGGCGAUAGGAAAACACAUCACGUGGUCCUCAUUUAAAAUUAUGCUUCCAAAGGUAUCCUUACAUGGGGCUGGCAUCAGUCUCACUUCUGAAAUGAUCUACAAGAUGCCUCCUCUGAAAGAGCAGCUUCCAGACGUAGAAGCUGGUCGUAUCCACACUAAUGGCCUUUGGGGACGCAGCAGUACCCUUCGAGUGCAUGACCUUACAGUUUCCACCAUAAUAGGGAUGUUGGAAAAAGAACGCAUCAGAAAACAGAAGGUGGUUGCGAAUGUUGAGAUAGACAGAUGGCACUGGCUAGGAGAUGAUCAUUGGGACAUGGAGCAGAUAAUUUUGAAGACAAUCGAAGAAUCGACAUUUAAGACUCUGGAAGCACUGGCAGAGCACAUAUGCAAACGAGUCGCCAGAUACUUUCUCAUUCCUAUGAUAGUUAAAAGGCUCCGCAUAGACAGUGCAAAAUAUGCCAAUAAAUGGGAGAUUUUCGAUGAUGACUAUACAAAGAAUCCCUGGGAGGAGACAAUUGUAUCCUACUUGUGUCCGUUCAUAAAGAUAAAGUUGGAAAAGCCGGGCAUAUACCUGGAUACAACACCUGGUGUUGAAAUGACCAUGGACAUACGGCCCUCACCAAGGUCGCCAUAUUUCUAUCUGUGGAAGGGGUAUAAGACGUUGAAAAUUCCUGAUCGUCCCUUUGAGGGCACACUUAAGGAUUGGAUUGCGAAGAAUGACCCGGAAGAUCUAGAUGAUAGAGAAGACCCCGCUAAGCUACAUCUCCAGCGAAAGUUUGAAGCAUUCCAAGCCGAAGUCGCCGAAGCCAGAAGAAUUACGGAGGAAAUAAAUUCUCACGCAUCGGCCUCCAGUUCUAAACCCUCUUUACCAAGUAUAAAAAGGGAACCAUCUUCACCAAGAAUAAAAAGGGAACAAGAGUAG